AAUCGUCUCAAGAUGUCUCCCUCACAGUACUGUAGUGAGCCCCCUCUUACAACACAUAUCCACCAUGCAACCAUGGGCAUUGGUCACACCAGCCUCGCGAGGCAUCGGCCUUGAACUCGCACGGCGACUACUCCAGACAACUACCGUCCCAAUCGUCGCUACAGCUCGCAAGGACCUCGACCAGACUCGAGAAAAUGUCCUCGCCGGACUGAAAGACGUGAAAGAGGAUAGACUGCACGUCUUGAAGCUCGACUUCCUAGACGAGCAAACCAUCGCCGACGCCGCCCAACAAGUCUCAGACCUAUUGCCCAAAAACGAGUCCUACCUCCGCCUCGCCCUCAGCAUCCCGGGCAUCCUCCACCCCGAAAAGUCUCCCUCGCAAAUCGACUACGACUCCGCCCUCCUCACCUUCCGCACCAACACCCUCGGUCCGAUGAUGCUGAUCAAACACUUCUCGCCCUUCCUGCCCCGCAAGUCAACCAAACUCUCCAACGCAGAUGGUCUCCCCUCUCACACCGUAUGGGCCAACAUGUCCGCCCGCGUGGGUUCCAUCACCGACAACCGCCUCGGAGGCUGGUACAGCUAUCGCGCGUCGAAAGCAGGGGUCAACCAGACGACCAAGACGUUUGACAAUUUCUUAAGGACAAGCGCGGGGGAGAAUGCGAUUUGUGUGGCUUUACACCCAGGAACAGUCAAGACGGGACUGAGCGAGGAAUUUUGGGGCAACGUCAAGGAGGAGAAGUUGUUUAGUGUGGAGUUUGCGGCGGAGAAACUCAUGGAGGUGGUGAAUAGUCGCACGGUGGCGGACAGGGGCAAGUUUUUUGAUUGGAAGGGGGAGGAGGUGCCACCUUGA